CAUAUUACUGUCAUGUAAAAGUUAAAAAAAAAAAGAGAGAAGAAGACGGAAGAAUCAAAGGAGUCUCUCUCUCUCUCUCUCUCUCUCUCUCUCUCUCUCUUACCUGAGCGAAACGUGUAUCUUUGAGCACUGAGACCUAAACUCACCCAACUCUCUUCCCAAAUCCGAAUCUGUGUAUCCUUUCUACUUUUUUUGUUAUCUUUACUUCACCUCCCUCCUUUCAAAUCCGUAGUUGGUGGUUUGGAUUUCACAAAAGAAGAUGGAUCAAUCUUUUAUUUUGAUUUUCCAUUAGCUUGCACCAUUUUUGUUGAUUCUAUAUAUAUAAGUUUAAAUAUCUCAAAUGGAUGAUGGUGGACACCGUGACAAUGGUCGACAUAAAGCACCUCAGGGCCAGUGGAUGAUGCAGCAUCAACCAUCGAUGAAACAAGUCAUGUCAAUAAUAGCAGAGCGCGAUGCAGCCAUCCAGGAGAGAAACCUAGCGAUAUCUGAGAGAAAAUCAGCAGUAGCUGAAAGGGACAUGGCAUUCCUCCAGCGAGACACAGCCAUCGCCGAGCGCAACAACGCCAUAAUGGAGAGAGACAGUGCCCUUUCAGCUCUACAGUACCGUGAGAACUCCAUGGCUACACCUUCUGCAGUUUCCAAUAUGGCUGCGGCAUGUCCACCGGGAUGUCAAAUGCCACGUGGUGUAAAGCACAUUCACCAUCCACAAAUGCAUCAGCAUCAGCAUCACAUGCUUCAGUUGAGUGAUCAUGCAUAUGAUGAGUCCAGAGAAAUGGAUGGUCUCCCGACAUCACCACCUCCAGGAACCGCCUUGGAUUCUGCCAAACCAAAACGUGGCGGCAAAAGAGUGAAAGAUCCAAAGGCGACAACGAAGACCACGGCUAAUAAGAGAGGGCCAAAGAAUCCGAGGAAGGUUAAGAAAGAGAACGAGGACGACUUGACCAAGAUAAUGUUUGUGAAGACGACCCUUGACUACGGGGAGGAAGAGACAAGCAAGCUUGUCUUAACAGGUUCCAAAUCAGACUGGAAAAGCCAAGAAAUGGUGGGGCUGAACCAGGUUGUAUACGACGAGACAACAAUGCCACCACCGGUCUGUUCGUGUACAGGAGAUCUCAGACAGUGCUACAAAUGGGGAAACGGAGGCUGGCAAUCAUCGUGUUGCACAACCACAAUAUCAAUGUAUCCAUUACCAGCUCUCCCCAACAAAAGGCAUGCUCGAGUUGGUGGAAGGAAGAUGAGUGGAAGCGCGUUCAACAAGCUUCUAAGCCGGCUUGCUGCAGAAGGGCACCAUGAUCUCUCAAACCCGGUUGAUCUCAAGGACCAUUGGGCGAAGCACGGUACAAACCGCUACAUCACGAUCAAAUGAUGGCUUAGGUGUGAGUUGUUCUUAUGACACUUAUCUGAUUUUAUUUCGUAUGUACUAGAUUUCAAAUAAAAAAAAUUGUAUGUGAAGCCAAUGUUAUGUUGUAACUAUGUAAUAGAAGAAAACCUUAAUUAGUAGCACAUUAAGAUGCCCAAAUGUUCAUCUCUUUUCCUUUUAACCAAUGUCAUUAUUACCUCA